AUGGCGGGCUUCCUAGUUGGUCAAUUCGUGGCGACGGCGGUGGCAUCGGCCAGCCCCUCGAUUCAACAAGCAUUAUCUUAUACCACUCCGUUGAGCCUAGGGGCUACUGCUGAUGAUGGCAACGUGAAUGUUGAUCAUCUGCAAUGGGACGCCUCGCCUCUCCUCUCGGACCCAAACUGA